GCGUUGUUGAGCCAUUGAGAUCGUCCCAAUGAGUAACAUAAACAGCCGUGCCUCUCGCAAGUCUCGUUUUCGGUCAAACAUUGCUUUCGAUUCAUAACUUUCCGAAAGAUGGCUGGUUUAGAGCUUUUGUAUAGCUGCGUAGCAGGCAAUAUUACCUGUCCACAAGACGUCGUCGUGUGUUUUGUUCACUGGGAAAUUGUAAAGAGUGGGUACAAAUGCCUUGGGUUAGGAGAUGAGCCUCGGAGUGGUGACAAGAAGUCGGAGUUGCUUCCUACAGGGUGGAAUGACAGCAAGGAAUUGUACACCCUGCGGUACAAGUCAAAUGAUGACAAGUCUAAUUUCUUGGUCAAAGCCAUCACUGUGGAUUCCACCUUGAUCUUCAACUUAAUGGACUCGGCCACUGAACAGGUGUCAGACCUGACAAUGAAUGUCAGUGAUUAUGUGGAUGCAGAUCAUUUGCAGACAUUUGAAAGUGUAUUCAAGAAUGCAGAAGAUUUGUCUCAGAAGGUGAAGAGCCAGCUCCUUCCCUCAGUGCCCGUGCCAAGAAAGGAAGAAAAGAGGAGUAGCAGAGAGAGAGACUCCCAGCCGGACAGUGACCCUCUCCGCAUUCCCACAAGGCAUCCACAGAGUAGUAGGCAGCCUAACUGUUUCCUGUGUGUAUCAAGAAUGGUCCACCACCCAAAGGACAUCCAGCCAACUUGCCACAACUGUGGGAAGCAUUGGCGUCAACAUGGGCCAGCAAUCCAUGCUCUGAAGAAUUGAGGCUGUUCUGAUGGCCAAAUGUUUUGCAACUCAAUGUUAGGAAGGUGUUCUUAUGUUUGGUAUACUCAGUUUAUUUAAACAGGGAAUCCCAUUGUGACCAAUGCAUCUUUUACAAGGGAGCCCUGUACAUAAUCAUACAUAUUUACAAUUCCAAUGUAAUAAACAUUUACAAGUGAAUUUAAUUAAUUUGCAAAACACGAUCAUGGAAAACUAAACGCAUUACUAAGUUAAAAAAAAAAAAGUCUUCAAACCGCUGUCUGAACUGCACCAAAACAUCCUACUUCAAAGUUCUGAGAUCAGUCCACAAGUAAGGUGCAAAAAAAAAAAAGUAAAUCUGUUUUUAUCUCAGUGGAGAUGGCGGGAUCUCCAGAGUUAGUCAUCCCUGUGAUUGGAUCUGGUGACUCUUUCUGUAAUUUAUCAAUGAAGUAAGGUAUGGGUUGUUACGGUCACUGUAUUACCUGGUCAUUAGUCUACAAAAUUUGAUAACUGCCUGGUACUCUGUCCCUCUAAUCACUGACAAUAAUGCAAAUCUAAUCUCGAACUUCAUGAGUGGUCAUGUUGAGCAACAUUUCUAUAGGCUAUGCAACUUUCCUAAUAUUAAGCACAUUGCUUCUCUUUACAGCAGGAGUAUAGCCUACCUGGCUGGCAUGAAAAUGAACCAUGGGAAAAUUGUCCUCCAUUCGCUACAUAAGUGCAUAGAUGACAUUUAUUUUUUUCCCCGCUGCCCGUUUUGAAAUGGGUGCAUGAUAAUGGUCUUUUCUAAAUCGAAACAAAUUUCACAUGUAUAGUUGACGUUUACAUACACUUAGGUUGGAGUCAUUGAAACUUGUUUUUCAACCACUCCACACAUUUUAUUGUUAACAAACUAUAGUUUUGGCAAGUUGGUUAGGAUAUCUACUUUGUGCAUGACACAUCAUUUUCCCAACAAUUAUUUCACUAAUCUCCCAUUCGCUGCUGCUAGAAAAACAUCCCCACAGCAUGAUGCUGCUACCCAUCCUUCACCGUAGGGAUGGUGCCAGGUUGCCUCCAGACAAGACCAAAGAGUUCAACCAUGGCUUCAUCAGACCAGAGUAUCUUGUUUCUCAUGGUGCCUUUUGGCAAACUCCAAGUGUGCUGUUGUGCCUUUUUUACUGAGGAGUGUCUUUUUCCUGGCCACUACCAUACAGACCUGAUUGGAGUGCUGCAGAGAUGGUUGUCCUUCUGGAAGGUUCUCCCAUCUCCAAGGAGGAACUCUGUCAGAGUGACUAUUGGGUUCUUGGUCACCUCCCUGACCAAGUCCCUUCUCUUGCGAUUGAGCAGUUUGGCCGGGCGGCCAAAUCUGGAACCAUCAAGGCACACUUCCUAAACUUCUUCCAUUUAAGAAUUAUGAAGGCCACUGUGUCUUGGGGACCUUCAAUUCUGCAGAAAUGUUUUGGUACCCUUCCCCAGAUCUGUGCCUCGAAACAAUCAUGUCUCUGAGCUCUACGGACAAUUCCUUCAACCUCAUGGCUUGUUUUUUGCUCUGACAUGCACUGUCAACUGUGGGGCUUUUAAUUUUUAUUAUUUUUAAUGUAUAGAUGUGUGCUUUUCCAAAUCAUGUCUUAAGUUGGAUUUACCACCGGUGGAGUCCAAGAUGAAGAAACAUCUCAAGGAUGAUCAAUGGAAACAGGGUGCACCUGAUCUCAUUAGCAUUUUUUGUUGUCAAUUAGCAAAUAUUUCUAAAUCUGUUAGCUUUGUCGUUGUGUGCUUUUUUUUAACUUAAAAAAUAAAAAGUGGUCCAGAAUAAGGCUAAGACUGGAAAAGGUUAAGGGGUCUGAAUACAUUCUGAAUUAACUGUAAGGUCCCAGAGUUGACAGUGUGUCAGAGCAGAAACUAUUCCAUGAAGUCCAAGGAACUAUCCAUAGCUAUGAGAGAAUUGUGAUGAGACAUAAAUCUGUGGUGUUUCCAAGAGUACAGUGGUCUCCAUUGGCUUCAGAACAAGAAUGUCAAAGGUCUUUAGUGGCCCAGACUUGAAUCCCAUUUUAAAUUCUGGGGAAAUACUUGAUUGCCAUUCACUGCCACUCCCCAUCUGCCUUAACAGAGCUUGAGAAUCUCCCAGGAAGAAUGGGAGAAAAUCCAGAUGUGUAAAGCUGAUCCAAACCUACUCAGCUGUAUUUGCCAACAAAGGUGCUUCUACAAAGUAUUGACUAAGGGGUGUGAAUACUUAUGUAAAUGAGAUGUUCGUACUUCAUUUGCUGAAAUUGCAUGUGUGAGGAAUCGAUUUAAACCAUUUGGAAAUCCAGGCUGUAGCACUUAUAUUUGGAAUAAUUCAAGGGGUAUGAGUACUUUCUGAAGUUAAUGUAAAUUUAUCUGGUGUUCUUCCCAAAAAAUGUAAGGUGAAUGCUGUACCACUUUAUAAACUUAUUUUAUUUAUUUAACUUAAGGCAACAAAAUAAAGUUUCUUCUCUAAAUGGCAGUUAUAGGUGUUCAAAAACGCAGGCCAAUGGGCGGCAUUUCUCGAGUUCAGCUCAUGUCGCCUGUAGAGUCUUCUAGGGUUGCAACAUUCGCCUUCAUUGAAAAGGAUAGUCACUCUCCUGCUGUGGGCCUUGCCACAAUACACCAUGAAUACAAGUUUCAGUUCCAGGGUUGAAAGCUAUACCGUAAUUUCCAGACUAUAAGCCGCUACUUUAUUCCCACGCUUUGAACCUCGCGGUUUAUACAAUGACGCGGCUACUUUAUGGAUUUUUCCCGCUUUCACAAGAUUCAUGCCGCCAAAAAACUGAGCACCGUCACAUAAUGACGUAAAUCGAGCGCACUCAAACUUCCCAUCAUUCUGAUUACGGUAGUCAUUUUGUCACCCUCAUCAUGGGUGAAAAAAAAACUUCCUCAUGUUGUCACCCAGAUUCACAUUUGUUUAUUUUGCAAGCUAUAACUCACUAUUUUAACAAAGUAGGUUUUAAAAGGCCAUAACGUGAAGUCUGCUUUGUGAUACACUCUAGUGGUGUCAUGUGUU